AUGGAUUCAAACUCAGUUUUUCCAAGGAUUUCUCUACUUGUGUUUUUGUUCAUCUGUGCUGCUUAUAAUGCUGUUAAUGCAGUUAACGUUUUCAAUAUCAGAGAUAACAAUGGAAUUCCAGAUGGAAAAACCGAUAAUAGUCAGGCCUUGUUAAGUACGUGGGAAAAAGCGUGUAAAGUCGAUGGGGGUACGGUUUUAGUCCCGUCUGGUAUAUACUAUGUGAAAUCUGCACUGCUUCAAGGUCCAUGCAUUGGCCAAACAAUUUUCAGUGUAAUGGGAACUCUAAUGGCUUCUGCUUCUCCACUGACCCAAGAAAGUUGGAUCGAAUUUAAUCAAGUAGAUGGCUUGUCGAUUACUGGAAACGGCGUUUUUGAUGGUCAAGGAUCUUCGACUUGGGCUCAUAAUGGCAAUCACAAUGCUAAGGCUUCUUCUACUUGUACUGCUGUAAGUUAUUUCUCCAAUAACGUAUAA